AUGCCUCUUCUAACCCUCCACCUGCUCACUCUCUCGACGAACACUAAUCCGAAAACUUUCAUAGAAGAGCUCAAGAAAUCUCCAGGGGUCGAGGUUAUCGUCUGCUCCCGCCCACGGCAUGUGGUUGUCCGGUCCCACAUCCUAGACGGAAACCCAUUGCAGACCACAAAUUGGGACCUGCUAAUUCUCCUCCGAUCACCACGGAACGCAAUUCCGUCCCACCUCCGCGAAUCGUAUGUAAAGAGCGAGUAUUCUAUCCAAGCGGGGAUUCCGUCAAAGUUGCUAUCGACAUUUGCAGAUCGCGAUGCAAAAUUGAAGUGCGAAGCAUCCUCUAUUCCCACUACUGGGGCUCUGGAUAUUGCUCGCGGGAAGGCUUCGUCUCAAAGCCUGGAACUCUCGCCCGAUCUUCUCAAGUUCAUGGACGAAUUGCUGAAGACCCACGACAAGCCAGUGACGAUGCUUAAUCUCCUACAUUUCCAUCAAUGUGGGAAACAGGAGUACUUUAAAUAUGGCCAGGGUUUUGUCAAAGUCGCCAGCAAAAUUGGCGGUGAUGCGAAACUAGUCGGCAAUGUUGUUCACCCUGCUGCAGAUCAAUGUGAUUCCCGGGGAAAUCCAGACAGACCGGAGGAAGAUUGGUGGAAUGAGAUUUCCAUUGUCCAUUAUCCAUCCAUUCGACAUUUCUGCGACAUGUUGGCUUCGGAGGAGUAUCAGGAGAUCAAUACAAAGCAUCGAUUAAAUGCUUUGAAAGACACUUUCCUGCUUUGCACUACGGAAUUUGAUGUCGAAGAGGGUGGGAUUCCUGCAAAAUUGUAA